AUGUAUUUUGAAAAUUCUCAAUUACGUAGCCAAUGCCCUCCUGCAGAAGCCACUCCAAAAUCAGCUAUGAGAAUGAUGGGUGUGAAAGGACUUACACUAUAUCAUCUGAAGAGCCAUCUUCGGGGCAAUGCAUAUUGCAGAGGCCCUGAAUGCUCAGAUAGAGGUACAGAGAGGUUACAUGAACAACUAGAGGUUCAAAGACACUUGCAGUUGAGGAUAGAGUCACAUGGAAAGUACUUGCAGGCAAUAUUGGAGAAGGCACAGAGAGCACUUGCAUCACAAUCCUAUCAUAAGGACUUGAAGCUGCAAGAACAGAGCUUGCAGAUUUAG